CACACAGCAUCAUCAGGUCAAUUCUACAUAGUCACUUUGCAACCGUCACCAUGAAGUUCGCCGCUCAACUCUUCACCGUCGCUGCUCUCUUGGGCGCUACGCUCGCCGCCCCCGCUGCUGACUCCAACACCAUUGAAGUCCGUGACGCACUCACCAACGAGGUUAUGGAGGGUAUGGCUAUUGACAAACGCCAAGUAUGCUACUGCUAUGGAGGAUUCUGUACUCCCGGAUGUCGCGACAAGGUCAAGCGUCAGGUCUGCUACUGCUACGGAGGCGUGUGCACCCCUGGAUGCCAUUAAGUAGACAGCAUGAAUAAGACAUGAUUUUAUGAGAAACUACUUAAACAUAUCCAUUUACAUGAGAUCAGACAAAAAACC